CUUGAGAUGAGUUUGGUACUUAAAAAUCUGCAGCGCGUUGUCCGCAUUAGGAGAGUCCCGCUGCGCAAAAAGAUUGAGAUCUUGAGGAGCAUCUUAGGAGUGCAGAAGUUUGACCUAGGAGUCAUCUGUGUUGACAACAAGAAUAUUCAGCACAUUAAUAGAAUCUACAGAGAGAAAAAUGUCCCAACGGAUGUGCUUUCUUUUCCGUUUCAUGAGAAUCUGAAAGCAGGUGAAAUUCCCCAGCCUGACUUUCCAGAUGAUUAUAACCUGGGAGACAUCUUCCUAGGAGUGGAAUACAUCUUCCAGCAGUGUAAAGAAAACGAAGACUACUAUGACAUCCUGACUGUGACGGCCACUCAUGGGCUUUGCCACCUGCUGGGUUUUACACAUGACACAGAGACCGAGUGGCAGAAGAUGUUCCAGAAAGAGAAGCAGGUCCUAGAGGAGCUGAACCGGCACACAGGGACCAGGCUGCAGCCCCUGAGCAGGGGCCUCUUCUGA